AUGUCUACUGACCGUGUUGAAGACCGGGAAGUAGAUGUGUUCGAGAAGUUAAUGCGUUCAUCGCUGAAAGAUGUACGUAUUGACAGAGAAGGCGACAUUCAUGGAUUUUGUGAGACAGAAGAGGAUGUUGUCCAUCUUCUGAGCAGCUUGCGCGUCCAUGGCUACGCAUACUCAGUUAGAAGAAGUGCGUAUUAUCGCCAGCCCCCUUCAGGUGCUGCUAAACAUGAGACAGGCUUCUUCUACAGCCACACAAAAGGCAACAUACCAAUACAGUUUUUUGGCCCUGUCUUUUGUGUGGAAAGCUUAGUGAAAAGAGAAUGUACUCUUGGCCUGUUGUAUCAUAAAAAGGAGACUCCUGUUGCAGAUCAUCUGGUGGACCAUGUCAACCCAAAGAAGAAGAGAAAAGUUCUCAUGGACACACAAAAGAAAGGCUGUCCAGCAACAUUGGAUGUUAAGUGUGUCAGGAUAUUCCCAGAUUAUGCGAUAAACUCGGCAACAGGCAGUUCAAAAAAAAGAGUGAGUAUCCAACUGAGUAAUGUGUAG